AUGGAAAUCAAGCGUAAGCCCGUUCCAGCACCUGCGCCUUCAAUCGAGUAUGGCGCUCAGCGACCGUUGACGCCCAACCCACCGCCUCCAUAUUCACGCUAUGUCGCGUAUUCUCCCUAUUCCCCGGCUUCUCCUCAUUCUCCUCACUUUCCUCCUCCACCUCCCCGUUUCGCACCCUCGCCAUCACCGUCGCCCAAUCCAUCGCUCCAACCACCGCAUUCCCUUCCACGAUACCGAAGCCAACCCAAUCUCCGUGCUCCUCCGCCUCUGAGUCCGCAAAACCCGAAUCCUCCGCCGCUCCCACGCGCCGAAACCACCGUUCCCGCAGACUCCGAAAAGUCUAGCUUCUACGCCGAUGCCCGCCAUUUUCUCGGCGGCCUCAUCAGCCGCCCCUCCGAAUCAACAAAGCACUACUCUAUUCUCCGCCACUCGCACGGAAUCGUCUUCUACCGCGGCCCAACAACGUCCGUGACCGUCUCCAUCUUCGCCGAUACGCCGCUCCCCGCCGACAGAUCGCUCUGGCUACAAUGCAAAGGAUGGAGUGGGAAGACUGGGAUGCGCGCGAAAGCGCUCUUCCGCAUGCACGAUGACUGGGUAAAUGCCACGCCGACUGUUGCGGUCCGCGCUGAUCAGGUCGAACCCAACAAAGAGCGCGCCUGGCAGCGGGAUAUCGCCAAGUUUUACAAGAAAGCUACGAAAAGGGUACAAACGCAUCGAUUGCGAGAGACCGUCGUUGCACGGAUACCACCAGAUGCUGAGGACGGGUAUUUCCAGCUGAUACUGUGCCAUGGAGAGAAGAAGGUUCUCUGUCGGAGUCCUGUUUUCCGGAUUCUCUCGACGUCAAUCGAUCCGAGUUCGCUUCGCGGUGCUAGCCUGUCCACCAUGCCACUGGAGAUUGGUGCCCUUGUUGCUGGGACGUAUGCGCAGGUUGCGGCGUCGAGAGUUGUAGCUCCGGUGACCGCAGUAGCGAACACCGUGACGUCGCGCUACCGGCCGGGUUGGCUUGGAGAGACCGCCGUACAGACUGCCUAUGAAGCCCUCAAGCCGGAAGGUGGAAACGGUCCCGAUACAACUGUACCGCCAUCAGUAGAAAGCGGUCCUCAGUCUCCAUACCCGCUGGACUUCACGGCGAGGCCUUCCCAAUCUCAUGAUCUCAGCCGAAUGCCCGUCAAGAUACCUUCCGACAUUCAAGACAAGCUUCGCGGCUACUUCUUCGGCUGGGCACGCGCUGGUACUGACUACUGGCAGAUGAUCAUUCUCUCCGUCCUCCCCUGGGACGGUUCACAGCACACCGGCCCUGUCUCACUCUCCCAAACCACCCGCAAAGUCUCCGUCGUCCGCUUCAUUCACGACUCAAUCUCAAACUGCCCAUUAACGAUCACUGUCCGUAUCCUCGGCUUUCUGCAUGCGGACAUGCCACUUCCAUCACCUCGCACGGAAAACGACCUCGUCUCCGCGCGACAGGCUGCAGCAGAAGCUUCUCUGCUGGCGGAGCAGUAUGACGCCGAGUACGUGCAGGCGCUCCUUGAUCAUCCACUGUGGGGCCCUGAAACGGCAGAUCGUCGCGGGUGGUUUGAUCGAACCAAAGAUAGUGCGGGAAAUGUCCUUACGCGUGGGCAGAAGAUCGUCGAGCGUGUUGGGGUGAGGAGUGGAGUUGAGCAGGAGGGCAGGGGCGGGUAUUAUAUCGUGAGGGGUUGA